GGUGAUCAGCGCAAGCGAUGGGGCCGUCUGUCUCAGGACGAAGCACAGAGGGUCGUGGCCGUUAAAGCACAUGGAUGGUGACAGAGGGGCAGAGGACGAUACUUCACAAACCUUGUAGCAAUAGCAUGUACAAACAAUACAACAGACGAGAUAACACACGACGUAAGGGUGCGUGCGAUGAGCGCGGACCGACACCGGUGGGUGGGGCGCGUGGUGGGAGCGAUUCAGAGGGCCAGUCGAGGGCGAGGGUUGGCGUCGGUAAAAACGAUGAGUGAUGGAUGGGGUGGUAGGCGGAGGAUGGUAUGCAGUACGUGUUCGUACUCGCACACAUGUGGGUUAGAGCGAUUAUUCCCGCACGGCGGUGAGGCUCACUCGCGUGCCGGCGAAGCAUCGGCAGUGAGAGUGGCAGGAAGGCGCGUCACGUGCGUGGACGUGGCGGCUGCCGUGUUGGGAAGGCCAUCCACGGUCUGGAAACCGGGGCAGACUCGCAGGCUCCCCAAGCCCUCGCAGGCAUAUUGGCAUUGGCAUUGGCGCAAAGGGCAGCAGCCGCGAGCACGACACAACGAGAACGGCCAGGCCAGGCUCUUUUGCAGCCAAAGCCCUGUGCGACGGAACCGUGUUUCAAUUUCUCCACGGCACACGCUGGGCGUAUAGUGUAGUGGAGCGAGUGCGGUUGGUGGUAUUAGUCUGUCUGGCCAUGAUAACACAACUGCUAACGGUCACGACCGGGGGUGGUCAGG